AUGUCAGCCUCAACCACCAAGCCCAUCCAGCGAAUAACACUCUUUAAGAUUCCCAAUGUCGGAGACCAAGAGAAGCUCCUCGAAAUCUGCAAAGGCAUGAAACAGAACGCAAUCAAGGAUGGCAAGCCCUACAUUCUCUCUGUAACAGCCGGCCAAGGCAUCCCGAGCCAGCGCGACCAAGGUUACACUGUUGCAGUUGUAUCUGUUUUCUCAUCAGUUGAGGAUAUGCUGUACUAUGACGAGGACUGUGAGGCACAUAAAAAACUGAAGGCCUUUGCAAAAGGGGUCCAUCAGGGUGCUAUGAUGGUUUAUUUCGAGAGUGUGACGGGGUAG